GCGUGCGCAAGCGCCCACGGGCCGCGCAGCCGCCAUUGCUCUUCCGCCGCCAAUUGAAGCGGCUUGUUAAAAAGAAGGAAGGCUGAGAGCGACGCCUCGACGACAGCGGCCGGGGACUGCAGAAGCAGCACACUCGCGGGGAGUGUCCCCCUCAGACCUGGUUGACUGGAGUAAAGAACUACAACCCCCAAAGUGCACUGCGCCGCCGCACCGCGGGAGGCAGUGACCACCCACGUUGGAGCCAUGGUCCACGCCUUCCUUAUCCACACUUUGAGGGCCCCACUUGCCCAGGACACGGGCCUUUGCCGAGUGCUCUACUCCUGCGUCUUUGGCGCUGAGAAGUCACCUGAUGACCCGCGAGCACAUGGUGCUGAGAGGGACAGACUUCUCCGCAAGGAGCAGAUCUUGGCCGUGGCCAGGCAGGUGGAGUCAAUGUGCCAGUUGCAGCAGCAGGCAUCCGGCCGGCCUCCCAUGGAUCUGCAGCCCCAGUCCUCAGAUGAGCCAGUGCCUCUGCAGGAAGCCUCAUGUGGGGCCUUCCGCCUGGCAGCAGGGGACCCUUUCCGGGAGGCACGGACGGUGGUGUGGCUGGGCGUGCUCUCCUUAGGCUUUGCCCUAGUGCUGGAUGCCCAUGAGAACCUGCUGCUGGCUGAGAGCACACUCCGGCUGCUGGCACGCCUCCUCCUUGACCACCUCCGGCUGCUGGCCCUUGGUGCCAGCCUCCUGCUGCGUGCUGACCGCAUCGAGGGCAUCCUUACCCGCUUCCUGCCCCAUGGUCAGCUGCUCUUCCUCAAUGACCAGUUCGUCCAGGCUCUGGAGAAGGAGUUCAGUGCUGCCUGGCCCCGCUGAGCCCUGGCUGGGAUGGGGCCUCCUGAGAGGGUGAGGAGGGAGGGUGGAGGUUGGAUACACAGCCAGGUGAAGCUCGGCAUCUGCCUCCCACCUGGCCUGCUCCGAGCUCUGAUGUGUUGCCACACUCAGGACAAGUGGGUGGGACAAGCUGGCAGAAGCAGGGCUGGCAGAGGGUGGAGGGGCUGCUGCACUUGUCCUCAGGUUAGUGGAAUCGCAGAAGCCCCUGAGCCUAGAGCAUUCAGACUGCUGACAGCAGUGCGUUGGCCGCACUUGUCCUCGACCCCACCUUCCUCCGUUCCACCAGCCACCAGUGCUGGGGCAGGGAGGAGGGGUUGCCUGAAACUUAGCCUUCUGUAAAAAUGAAAAUUUAAAAAAUUAAAAAU